CACCACCUGUUGCCAUCGGGUUUUAAGAUAUCAUCAAAAGAGGGGCAAGGCAGAAAUUCCGCUGAUAAAUGAUUUGUGGCUAUGAUAAUUAAAUAAGCUUAACUGCAGUCACAUAAUUUUUGCAAAACCAAAUGUCUAAGAAAUAGCUCAAUUUGACAUAAUUUUCGGGCAGUUGUGAACGAGAAGAGGUAGGCGUCGAGACCCAUAAAAACAAUAACAACCUUUUAUCAUUUGGGACAUGACACUUGUCACAGCAUAAACUGUGUUAAGAUCAAGUUUUGUGGGUGUCUUUCUUUUUUUCUCUUUUCUUUUUCUUGGACAAAGGAAAAACAAAGAAAAGAAACAUUGUUGGGGAAAAAAAAAAAAGUAAUUUACAUUCAAGAACAAUGGCAACAGAUGGAGCUUCAGAUGCCUCAACAUUUCCUGCUGCAGAUUUAGAGAAAGAAUUAAAUCCAGGCCAAAACAAGAAUUUUGAAGUUGAUACUGUGUCAUCUGAUAUUGCUGCCUCAAAAGAGAUAAAGGAAAGAGAAGCUGACACACAAAAGAAGGAAAGGGAAAAAAGGGAUACAAUGCAGACACUCAAAACAACCAUUUUAGUUUCAGCAGUCAUUGCUGCUGUGGCAGGAGCAGCAUUUGCUAUAACCAAAAAAUUGAAAGAGAAAUGAAUUUAAUGCCCUUGGAUUAUGUCACUAUGCUAAGAAAUUUUCAUUUUUCUUUUAAAUCUUUUUCCUCUUUCCUUGAUCUCUGUAAUUUUUGGAAGUACUGUGAUAUGAGCUCAUUGGCAUCCCCCAUUUUCCACUAAAUUAUUACAGUGGAUGUAGUAAAAACUGGGAUGCAUUAUUAAUUUUAUCAAUUGUUACAAUAAUGGAAUGAAAACAAAAUUUACUCUUUAAUUAA